AUGUCGACUCGGCACCAGAGCCGAAUUGCAGAUUUUCAGGAUGUCCUGAGGGAGCCCAAGAUUGCCCUGGGGAAGCUGCGAGAACUUAGUUUCAGUGGGAUCCCUUGUGAGGGUGGACUGCGCUGUCUUUGCUGGAAGAUUCUUUUGAACUACCUCCCCUUGGAGAGGGCCUCAUGGACCUCCAUCUUGGCCAAGCAGAGGGAGCUAUAUUCUCAGUUCCUGAGAGAAAUGAUCAUUCAGCCUGGCAUAGCCAAAGCUAACCUGGGUGUGUCUAGAGAGGAUGUCACUUUCGAAGACCAUCCACUCAAUCCAAACCCUGACAGUCGGUGGAAUACCUACUUCAAGGACAAUGAGGUGUUGCUGCAGAUAGACAAAGAUGUCCGGAGGCUAUGCCCAGACAUAUCCUUUUUCCAGAGACCUACAGAUUACCCCUGCCUCCUCAUUCUGGACCCUCAGAAUGAAUUUGAGACCCUCCGAAAGCGGGUAGAACAGACUACAUUGAAAUCACAGACAGUGGCAAAAAACCGGAGUGGAGUCACCAAUAUGAGCUCACCUCAUAAGAGCCCAGCCCCAAAUUCAUUAAGUGAGUAUGAAGUGCUGCCCAAUGGUUGCGAAGCUCAUUGGGAAGUGGUGGAGCGCAUUCUCUUCAUCUAUGCCAAACUGAACCCAGGCAUCGCUUAUGUCCAGGGCAUGAAUGAAAUCGUGGGGCCUCUCUACUACACCUUUGCCACUGAUCCCAAUAGUGAAUGGAAAGAGCAUGCUGAGGCAGAUACAUUUUUCUGCUUCACCAACCUGAUGUCUGAGAUCCGGGACAACUUCAUCAAGAGCCUGGAUGACUCCCAGUGUGGCAUCACCUACAAGAUGGAAAAGGUGUACUCUACCCUAAAGGAGAAGGAUGUAGAACUCUACUUGAAGCUGCAAGAGCAAAACAUCAAGCCACAAUUCUUUGCUUUUCGAUGGCUAACACUGUUGCUGUCCCAGGAGUUCUUGCUUCCUGAUGUCAUCCGAAUCUGGGAUACCCUCUUCGCUGAUGACAACCGAUUCGACUUCCUCCUCCUUGUCUGCUGUGCCAUGUUGGUAUUGAUCCGGGAGCAGUUAUUGGGAGGGGACUUCACCUUGAACAUGAGGCUGCUUCAGGAUUACCCCAUCACAGAUGUUCACCACAUCCUACAGAAAGCCAAGGAGCUCCAGGACUCGAAGUAAGCCUAUAGCAAGGAGGUCCAGGACUCCAACUACCUUAGGAAAGGCCCUGUGGUCAGGGCUGAGUCUGUGUCAGCCCUUGGAGACUCCCAGAAGCCUUCUCUCUGCCUGGAGCUGUUGGAGCAGUAGAGUUCAAGCUGAUUGAAUACUCUUCUCCACGUGUCUCACAUCCACAUGACCUAGUCAACACCUCCAAAGCAGCUCUAUUCUUUUAUAAUUGUAUUUUUUUUUCCAAGUUUGGUUCUUCAUUAUCUGGCUACUGUCUCCCAUUCCCUUCUCAGGCUCCGUACCCCCUUAUACACUUGACACCCUAGUAGCACUUUCCUCCAAUUCAUUUCAAGAUAGACUCACAUUCUAUGGGAAGUUCCUGUUGGGUGAGUGGGGUGCUUGGAGGUUGACCCUUCAUAUCUCUACCUCCCUAUCCUUUUCUCAGUCCUGCUGCUGAAGAUUGCAACUACUGCUUUUCCUGCUUUUGGAUCUGCUUCACCUUAUCUCUGUGGUAUGGAUGGAGAAGUAAAAGAAUUGUCCAGAGACUCUUCAUUCUCUUCCUAGCAAGUGCUCUGGCUCCUUCCCUGAAAAAAAGUAAUUCUAGAAAGAACCAAGAGGCUGAUAGAGGAACUUCUCUUUCAGAGUUUCUCUCUUCCCUUUCACCCUCCUGUUUUACCAUAUUUCAGGGCUAUUUUCCCCACCAAUUUGAUCAAAAGAGUUAGUUGAAUAGAAUUUCCAAGUAGUGAAUCACCUGAUGACACUAAAACCCCAUUUCCAGGAAGCCAAAAAUAGUGCCAGUACUAGGGAGCUUAGACCUUGCUUGUAUGUCCACAGUGGUUCAGGAACUUUGAUGUCUCUUCCAUCCCCAAUUCUCUCACCUUCAGACCUCUGCUCACUAUGUUUUGGCAGGCCAACAGUAUUUUUUGAGUUUGGUAGACCCCUAGUUCCUCACUGUCCAAUUAAAAGAAAUCUGUCUUGGAAUCCCAAAGUCACUAAGUUUUGCCCUAUUUUGAGCUGAAUAUUACUCACAAAACUUUUGUUGCCUCUUCUGUUAGGUCUCUGUAUUCAGAACCCUGGAAUAGUACCACUUGCCUGGAAAGGGUCUGGAGGUGGGAGGCAGGAACCUAGGAACUUUUUCUUUAGUUCAAAUCCAAGGUUUUAACUGGAAAUGAGUGUACUUAUAAUAGGAAAGUGGCUUAGAAUUAUUAGCUUAUAUUGAUUUGGGGACAGGUAUCAAAUAAUGAAAAAACGGAGAUCAAUAAGAUGUUCCCCCUGGGGACAGUUGUUGCACAGGCACUUACUGUAAUUUGUAGUGGAGCUUAUCUCUAAAACAACUUCCUGAUGCUAAUACUGAGGACUAAAGAACCCAAAUGAGCUAGUACAAAAAAAUCUAUCUGCUUAGGGAACAAGCCAGCACUCCAUUGGUACAAGAGAAUCCUUCAAAGGUUUGCUGGCCAGCUGGCUUUAACCUGGCCCCUUUGGAAGCAACGUCACCCCUUGAUAUAGCAGUAAGCGAGUGUAUGACUUUGUUCAAAAGCAUGUUAUUUCCCUUUGGAGCAUGUGUGUACAAUAUAAUAUUAGGAGAAGAUAAAAGAAACAAGGUAUUAUAGGGAGGGCUUCAGGGUUUAAUUGGUUUCUUUUUCUUCUUACUAUAUGUCAUCCAGCAUGAUCAGGAUCUAGGAUCUUGGAUCUGACUCUUUAGGCCUUUUCCCUUACAUGUACCUUCUUAGGUGUUUCCCAGGCUUGAAUCUUGCCAUGUUCCUGAUAAGGAGACCAUUUCUUUUACUGGUCCUAGUUAUUAGACCAAGCUCCUCAUUCCAUUUCUGCCAAGGUCUUCUUCAUAAGCUUCUAUCUCCUACUCUCACCUUUCUAAGCCCUAACAGUAUUUGGGAAAUUUUACUAUUUAUUAAAACUCCAUUAUUUAUUACAGAUGGGCAAAUUUAGUGGUAAAAAUGAAUGUGUGGUCCUUAUGAUUUAUCAAAGUCACCUGGAUAUUCCAGCACCACCCUUCCACCUUUAUUUCUGUAGCAUUUUAAUUAUAGUUUCUAUCUGCCACUAUUAUAGGCUUGGCUCUGAAAAGGAGGGGUUAGAGAAAAAAAUAAUAUAGAUGAUUUCUUUCCUUUUAGGCUGGCUCACCACCUGAUGGUACUUGCUCAGUCUAGGGUGAUUCCUUUUAACUCCUUCUGAUUGGAGAUGUGGAGUAUGUGGUACUCUAGGGCAAUAAAGAGACAGCUUGAGCAGGGAACUGCUUAAAGAAGAUAUUGUUCACCUCCCACCCACCCCCAGCUUUAGGUUAUAUCUAUAAUCUCAGACACUUUUAAGGGGUAGGGCUUGAGAAAGGACCUGGGAACAAUUAGAGAUUUCUUUCCAUUCACAGGGCUAGGAGGCACUUACAUUCUUUUAUUUUCCUCCUGGAUGACUCUUUCAGAAGAAAGUGGGAUGAGGCUGGGGCAUGUUUUCCUAUUCAGACUUUUCUCAUGGAAUAUUAAGAGUAGUUGAUCCCUUCUCUGGCUGGUUUUUUCCCCCUCUUCUAUCAAGGACCCAAGGCUGGAAAAAUAUUCUCUGUUUUACCUUACAGUACCAGGAUUGUACCUCAGUAUUUUUAAGGCCUGAGGGCUUUGGCUCAGGAGUCCAGCCAAGACUGCCCAGAUAAGCUCAGAUACAUUCCCUUCUUGCCUUCUCCGGGCCUAUACUGUGCUAUAUAUAACCCUGUAAUGAAGAUGGGACAUGAUCACCCCAGAAGCCUACUGUAUUGUCCUGAUGCUUUUUUGACCAUGCAAGGAAGGCUGGGAUUGUAGGGAGGAUUCUGUGUUAGCAGUGAAUCAAGCCAUGAUAGAUUUAAGGGAAAUGUCUAGAGUCUAGACCAUUUGUCUAGUUUGUUGGAGAUCUGGAUUUCCUUCCCUUUGCUUAAGCCCCCAGAUUCAAAUGGUGGAUUCAGUGAAAGUGGUCAGGGUCUACAGGCCUGGGUCCCAAGUCAGUGGUCUCCUAAAGGCUGGUACCUGUAGCAUUGGAUGGCUAGAGGCAAAUCUCUAUUGGAGAACCUCAAGAGUUGGACCUAAGGCCCCAGCCCACACCUCAGACUUUAUUUAGGUUUUUGUGCAUGGUAUCCAGUAGGCAUUUCUUUGGAUUGCUCAGAAUUUUUUUCUUUUAAAUUUUUUUUUUUUGUUAAUCAUUGCUGUUCAUGACAACUUGUCUUAAUAAAUCAUGUGUCUUUCCUUUGCAAUGGA